UGUGGCCCCGGCCGCCAUGUUGUUUGGCUUGUGAGGGAGGCGGAGGCUGGGCGGGCAGCGAGAAGACGCGGCCGCCGCCGCCGCCGCUGCUGCCACGGCCGACCCGCAGGGGCUGCCCAGCCGUCGCCGGGACCGGAGGGCCGCCGCGCCAUGGCCGGGACCCCACGCCGACGCUGCUGCCCGCUUUCACUGUGAAAUACCUGACAAUCGUGAAUCGCAUCUGAAAUUUAUCAAAGGGGUUUAUUGUUAAUCGUUGGAUAAGUUAACAUGACCUACAAACAACGUGAUUUGCAAAUGGCUGUAGGGGAUCCACAUGAAACACUAAGCCAAACUCCAACAAGCUACCUUACAGUUUACCAUCCGUUUACUGGAAUAUUAAGAACAUUUCUUAAGCUUGAAGAAUAUAACUGAUGACCAACCUGCAAAACGAUUGGCUUACGGUUGACUUUGCUUUCCGAUGCCAUGUUGAACAACAGUAUCCAUGAUUCCCAGCUGUGGCUUUGCUGACUUGCAGUUAAGAUUCAGCAAACUUUCCAUGAUAUACAGCGCUGCAGAACUGGAAAGCAAGGGGGAGGACCUUGCCUUGCAGCUAGGCUCUGUCAUGGAUGAAGAGACACAUCACAGCCUUGAAUGCAUCCAAGCUAAUCAGAUCUUCCCCAGGAAGCAGCUAAUCCGGGAGGAUGAAAAUCUCCAGGUCCCGUUUCUCGAACUUCACGGGGAAAGCACGGAGUACGUUGGCCGAGCGGAUGAGGCCGUCAUUGCCCUGUCCAACUACAGGCUUCACAUCAAAUUUAAGGAAUCCGUAGUGAACAAUGUCUGUAAGUUUGCCGCUUAUGAGAUCUCAGUUCCAUUGCAGCUCAUAGAAAGCGUGGAAUGUCGGGAUAUUUUCCAGCUCCACUUGACUUGCAAAGAUUGCAAAGUUAUCAGGUGCCAGUUCUCUACUUUUGAGCAGUGUCAGGAGUGGCUGAAGCGGCUGAACAACGCCAUCCGCCCCCCGUCAAAGAUAGAGGACGUUUUCUCGUUUGCUUACCAUGCCUGGUGCAUGGAGGUCUACGCCAGUGAAAAGGAGCAACAUGGCGAUUUGUGCCGCCCAGGGGAGCACGUGACGUCGAGAUUCAAAAACGAAGUGGAACGGAUGGGUUUUGACAUGAACAAUGCCUGGCGGAUCUCCAACAUCAACGAGAAGUACAAGCUCUGCAGUAGCUACCCUCAAGAACUCAUUGUGCCUGUCUGGAUAACGGACAAAGAGCUGGAAAGCGUGGCCAAUUUCCGAUCUUGGAAACGCAUCCCUGUGGUGGUUUACAGGCACCAGAACAACGGGGCGGUCAUUUCUCGCUGCGGGCAGCCUGAGGUCAGCUGGUGGGGCUGGAGAAACGCUGACGACGAACAUCUUGUCCAGUCGGUGGCCAAAGCCUGCGCCUCCGAUUCCAAGUCGAGCAGCGGUAAACUGGUGAAUGGGAACUGCUCGCGAGAGUUCUCCAAUGGGGGAGAUUUCUCCGACGCAGAGUUUGAUUCUUCCAUUUCCAAUGCUUCGGGAGCAGAAAGCUUAGCCAUCCAGCCUCAGAAGCUUUUGAUCUUAGAUGCACGCUCCUAUACAGCCGCAGUCGCCAACAGAGCCAAAGGAGGGGGCUGUGAAUGCCCAGAGUAUUAUCCCAACUGUGAAGUGGUGUUCAUGGGAAUGGCUAACAUCCACUCUAUUCGGAAGAGUUUUCAGUCACUGAGGCUGCUCUGCACACAGAUGCCGGACCCGGGAAACUGGCUGUCGGCUCUGGAGAGCACCAAGUGGCUCCAGCAUCUCUCUGUGCUUCUGAAAUCAGCCCUGCUGGUGGUCCACGCGGUGGACAGAGACCAGCGGCCUGUCCUGGUCCACUGCUCCGAUGGCUGGGAUCGGACCCCGCAGAUCGUGGCUCUGUCCAAGCUGCUGCUGGAUCCGUAUUACCGGACCAUUGAGGGUUUCCAAGUGCUGGUGGAGAUGGAAUGGCUGGACUUCGGCCAUAAGUUUGCCGACCGCUGUGGCCACGGCGAGAACUCGGAUGACCUCAACGAACGCUGCCCCGUGUUUCUGCAGUGGCUCGACUGCGUCCAUCAACUCCAGAGGCAGUUUCCCUGCUCCUUCGAGUUUAACGAAGCAUUCCUUGUCAAGCUGGUGCAACACACCUACUCCUGCCUCUUUGGUACAUUCCUGUGCAACAACGCGAAGGAGAGAGGCGAGAAGCACACCCAAGAAAGGACCUGCUCAGUGUGGUCCCUGCUGCGAGGAGGAAACAAGGCCUUCAAAAACCUCCUUUACUCCUCCCAGUCCGAAUCUGUGCUGUAUCCUGUGUGCCACGUACGCAAUUUAAUGCUGUGGAGUGCCGUGUACCUGCCUUGCUCCUCACCUUCCACCCCUGUGGAUGACAGCUGUGCCCCUUAUCCCGUCCCGGGCGCCAACCCUGAGGAUCAGCCUCUGAGCAGGCUACCAAAGACCAGGUCCUUUGACAAUCUGACCACAGCCUGUGACAGCGGUGUAGCCACCACCAACCGGCGUAGCAGCGACCCCAGCCUCAACGAGAAAUGGCAGGAACAUCGCCGAUCCCUGGAGCUCAGCAACCUCGGGAACCCGGGAGACGACCUCUUUGAGGGCGAAAGUUUGGGCAAGCAGGGCAGGACUCUGAUGGGAGCAGAGCUUUCGGUAGCGGUGGCCGAGGGGCAGAUGGAAAACAUCUUGCAAGAAGCCACCAAAGAAGAAGGGAGCCUUGAGGAGAAUGCGAGGGGUAGUCAGGAAAGGGCAGGGAAGGAAGGAGAAGGGGAUCUCGCGCUAGAGAAGGAACACAGGACUGAACACCUGGUUGGUUCUGCUGCUGUUUGUGAAAAGUCCGACGUGGAUGCAGAAACCUUCUUAGACAAUCCAGUUUCUAAUCAACAGGUGGUAUCACAGGGUGCUUCUGAGCUCCAGGGGCAAGAGGAGGGUCACCCAGGUGUCUCUUGCACGGUCCAGAAGCCAACUCAGGGGGGAGAGCUGCCACUUGGCUUUUGGGACAAUCCUGGAAAUAGCGAAGUUUCAAGAGAGGAGGAGGAGGAGGAGGAAGAGGGUGUUAGUAGUAGCUCAGCAGAAGCUGAAAAUGCUCCUAGUCCUGCCCAUCCCAUCCCACCGUUGCCUGUAGGACUUGAGGCGGCCACACCAAACAUGGAGAGCUCAACCGAGACCUUAACCGAAAUGGGAGCCAGGGCAGAUAGGGUACAGAAGGCGUCUUCCCAUUGGCGUCAUCCCGCGGACAACAGUGUCAGCGAUCUUUCCCAGGCGGCGGAGAAUCGGCUGGAGAGGGAGGACUUGAUGGACGCGCACAAGUUGGCCGCAGCUCUAAACAGGACUCCUUACAGCAGCAACCCUUCCCCGUGUGCCUUGCCUUUAACGGACUAUAAAGAGGUGGUGUGCAAUGGAGACCUGGCCUCCGAGAACAAGACGGCCGAGAGCCCGGCAGGGUUUGCUGCUCCUCAGAAAUACUCUGCGCCCAACGGGCACUGCCUGAACGGGGAAGAAAGCAGGGUGAAAGUUCCCCUCGGCCGGCAAAUCUCCAUCGCCAGCUGCAGCGGCUCCACCCCGCUGCAUCUGAGGAACCUCCACCACAAAUGGCUUCACGCCAUCCCGGGUCGGCAGCCAACGGCGAGCAGCCCAGAUCAGCCUGCUCGGAAUCAUCUGGAUGACGACGGGAUGCCCAUCUACGCCGACAUCAUUCAGCAGCGCCUCCGUCAGAUUGAAAGCGGGCACCAGCAGGAGGUGGAGAGCUUGAAGAAGCAGGUGCAGGAGCUGAAGAGCCGGUUGGAAAGCCAGUAUCUGAACAGCUCGUGGCGCUUCAACGGGGAGUACGGCGAUGAAGUGACUUCAGUGCCUGACUCGGAAAGCAAUCCGGAUCACAACUGCUUGUCUCGCUGCAGUACAGAGAUUUUCUCUGAAGCCAGCUGGGAGCAGGUGGAUAAACAGGACACAGAGGUGACACGGUGGCUGCCCGAUCACCUGGCUGCGCACUGUUACGGCUGUGACAGCGUCUUCUGGCUUGUCAGCAGAAAACACCACUGCAGGGAUCCCGAAUGUGUUGAUCAGACUUGGAAUUGUGGAAAUGUGUUUUGCUCCAGCUGCUGUAACCAGAAGGCGCCGGUCCCCAGCCAACAGCUCUUCGAACCCAGCCGGGUCUGCAAAACCUGCUACAGCAGCUUGCACCCCAGUAGCUCCAGCCUUGACCUCGAACUGGACAAACCCAUUGCUGCCACCUCAAACUGAGGCUCCAGACUGGAAGGAAAGCUGGGAGGAGACAAAGCUGCCUUUGUCCCUUGAAGAAGACACACCGAUUGCCGGUGGAACUGAAGCUGGUAGGAUUGGAGGAGCUAUGCACUUUGAGCUGGAAGUACAGGUUACUGCUCAGAGGGGGAGAGAGAGAGAGAGAGGAUGAUGGGUAGGUAGAUCCUGGCGGAGCAGGAGCAGUCCUUCCCCACUGUUACUUCCCAUUCCCUUCCCAUCCUUCUCAUGUAAAUUUAGUGUGGAUUUUGCAGGAAGACCAUGAAGUGGGGGAGUCUGCCUGCCCUGCCGUUGAAGAAGUGCGCCGCAGGCAGGCUGUUCUCCCCUUGCGAGAGGAGAGGAAGGUGAAUUGCCAGAGAGAUUGUGAAUACCUGUAGCGUUAGGACUAGUGCUUUCAGUCACUCCUGUGACUUCCCAGCAGCCCCAUGCUGUUUGGAGAGUUGUUGCUGCUAGAAGAAACGGAAACGGCCUUCUCAAAAGGACUUUUCCCUCUCUCUGUCCUCCAAGAGCGGGCUGGGCUAUUAUUCCCGUUGCCCAAACGCAAGGGGCGGAUUGCAGAUCUCCACGCUGGGCGAUCCUCUGUUGCCGAGGGCAGAGAACUCUCGUCUAAGAAGAGAUGCCUGCUUGCUUUGAGGGGAAGCGAGAGGAGAAAGGGGCGGCUUUAAACCGGCGCCCCCGAUGUAAAAUUCUGUACAUCCAUUUUUAUUUUUAUUUUGUAAAGGAAUCGGUGCCUAGGCUUUGACGGUAGCUUUUGAAAUGCCUCUCUCUCCUUGCCCCCCAUUUUAAACCUAGUUUACACAGAAAGUAGAGCUGCUUCACUGCACUCGGUAGGCUUUGUGCAAAGUCAGGUGGCCGAAUUGCUCCGAGGUGUCCUUUUCACAAAAGAAUCCCAUGAAGCAAGAAGUGGGAAUGGUUUUACUUUGCUCUAGAGCUGGUUAGAAAGGUGGGCUUGCUGGAAGCCCCCAAAAUGAGGCGUUAGGAAAAGACAUGACUUGCCCAGAACAAUCUGAAACUGUUUUCCUCCCGCUAACUUCGGUAAUGUCGCCCCAUCAACAUUUGAUAAGAGUCCUCCUAUUUUUCUAAAUUUUGUAUUUUCCCUCCUUCGCUCUCUUUAAAAUAUGCUCAGUUUAUGGUUUUGGAGUGGGAGGAAGAAUUAUAAUAAUAGAGAGUUUAUAAUCUGUGAUAAGAUGCUUGAAUCCAUCCAGAAUCAAUUCUCUUCUUAUUGCUCUCGCCUGUUGUGUCUUGGAGAACUUAGAUCGGUACAUGCCAUUCCUGUCUUUCUGUGUCACCACACUUCAAACAUCUUCCAUGUAUUUUCUCUGCAACAUCAAUUUUCACACGAUACAGAUCUACACCCUGGCCUUUGAGUAUUACCAGACGGGAGGUUCCCACACCCAGAACUGCCAUAAACUCACAAUCCUGGCGUGAAGCUCUGCAAGAGCCAUAAAGAGCAAGCUACACAGCAACAGGCGUAAAAAGAGCAAGAAACACCAACACCUAAGUUGUUCUGUGCUGUAAUUACUAGACUGGCCUUCCAAAGGGAAACAGGUUUAGUGAGCCUGUUGCCAAGGAGGAAAUAUAAAAGCCGAGCCUUGUCGAACAGCUUUAGUUUUCAAACUGAUUCCAAGAAGGAAGAUAUUGGUCAGUCCGUUUCAUACUUGAGGUUUCAAUUUUCCCAGGUUGGUUGUGAAGGAGGCAUGUCUUGCAUAGAACAAAAUAAAAUAAAUGAAAUUAAGGAUCCAAAUUCCAGGAGCGCGUAGCCAGAGGCGCCAUCUCCUUAACGCAGGCAGGGUGUAAUUUCUUGGCGCUCCUUGUCUGCUUCCAACUGGGAGGACUGGUAUAAAAUUUCAAUAUGUCCCCCCCCCCCCCAUAAGGAAUGAAACGCUCUGGGAAAAUCAGCAAAGGUUCCAGGUUGGGAAGGUAGAAACAGAUUAUUGAAGUGACAUACAGAAAGCUGGCUAAUCUAUGCUUUUCCAAUGCAACUGGUGUGCAGCGAGACAUUUUAAAACAAAACAAAAAAAAGAAUAAUAAAGGGGAAUGUUAUUGUGUGAUGCACUUGAGCCAGUGUGAUUUUAUGGUACAAACAGAAGGUCUAACGUUCAGCAGUUCAUAAGAGGUGCCAAGGGGUUACAAUACGGGUUUUGGGGGCUCUGUGAUGUACAGUGUGAAUAAACGCUUGCAGCUCUUA